AUAAGUCUACAACUGGAGAUCACAGUCUCACUUAGCAUCAAGACAGGAUGAAACUCACACUGCUCUGCUGGCAGCUCUUGCUGUUGAGUACACUGGUAUACUGUAGCCUCGGACAAGGUGGAGAUAUCUCUCUUCCUGCCUAUCUGAGUGUCAGUCCUGACAGAUCUCAGUUCUUUAAAUAUGAGUCUUUCUCUCUGAGCUGUGAGGAUCAGGGGAACUCUGCUGGAUGGAGAGUGAUGAGGAACGCAGAGAGAGGGAAUGUUUCAGAGUGUAAUACUGAGUGGGGAAAACAACAAGGGUCUUCAUGCAUCGUAUUGCUAAUACCAUCAGACAGUGGAGUGUACUGGUGUGAGUCUGGGUCUGGAGAACACAGCAAUGUUGUCAACAUCACAGUACCUGCUGGUGCUGUGAUCCUGGAGAGCCCUGCCCUUCCUGUGACUGAGAGAGAUUCUGUGACUCUGAGCUGCAGAUAUCAGGGAACUCUCUCUAACCUCACAGCUGAUUUCUACAAAGAUGGAUCCCUGAUCAGGACUGAGACUACAGGAGAGAUGACCAUCCCUGCAGUAUCCAAGUCAGAUGAAGGACUCUACAAGUGUACCAACUCUGAAGGAGAAUCACCAGAGAGCUGGAUGACUGUGACAGUUCCAGCUCCCAUUCCAUCUCCAGCAGUCCUAGUGUUGUCCAUGUCUCUACCCAGGCUGCUCUGUAGUCUACUGGUGGGGUCUCCCUACCUGCUGGUGACCAUCAUACUGAUGGUGAAAGGCUGCAGGAGCAGGACUCAAGGGUAAACCAGGAUACCCAGGAAGACCCACCAAGACCAAUUAGGUGAUCGUGUUGAAGAAGAGUGAGGCUGAGAUCACCUGAUCACCAUAACAACCAUCAGAAUGGAACUCAUGGAAUUCUAAUAUAGAACUGUGAGUCACAAUGCUGUAUGUUGUUACAUUGUAGCUCCACCUGCUGGAACAAUAGUGGCAUUUGAUCAAAUGUGAUCUAUUAACUGAUACAUGUAUUAUUCUGAUUGGAAUGUGUUUCAAUAUAAUGUGUGUUGUAUUAUUCAUUCAGCAGCUGUCCUUUAACAUCAGUCAUAUACUGGUCAUAUACUGUAUAGCAUUAUGGUUGAUACAUUGUAAAUGCCUUCACUUUUCAUGUCUAUACAGAUCAACUGAUAGGUGUUGAGGUUCAGGCAUUAUUGUUACAGAUUCAGUAUAAUGUUAUACCGUUACAUGUUACAGAGUUAGAAAACAUACAGGAGAGGAGAAAUCAAUUGUUACAAUUAUUUACUUUAUUAUCCCAUUUUGGUCUCUAGAAUAGUGCAGCAUAAUUUUCUUUUACUUAAACAUGAAACUAAUGUUGGACUUUUGUUUUAUUGUGUUUUUGUGCAAAACCAUUAUUUUUCAAUGAAUCAUCCUGGUAAGGUAUUGCUUUUGUCUUUGUAGCAUAUAGAAUUAAAUGAAUGAUUUUCCUCAA